GUAUUUGUCUGGUUCCUGUCUCUGUCCGUCGUUCGUCCGACUGUCCUUCUGUCCGUCUGCCCGUCCGUCCCUCAGUCUCUCUGCGGUCCCGUUACCGUCCUCAGUCCGGCUCGCGCUGCCUCCCAGGCACGUCCCCUGCUCGCCCCGGACCCCUCUCUGGGCCCCAGCGCGGAGACUGGGAUGGGAGGGGAGGGAGCCCCGGACUUUCUUAGCUGCCCUCGAGUGAGGCGGGUGCGGGUCGUCACGGACCACCGGGCGGAACUCUGGGUUGGGAGAGCAGGAAUCGAGGGAGGUUCGGGUGUGCGCGGGGAGUGCCCGGUCGCGGGUUCGGGACCUGGGGGGAGGCCAGCCUCUGUGCUGUAGCUGCAGCCGCGGAGGGCAGGGGCUCCAGCAAGACCCCGGCUGGGAGGCCCGUUCUCCCUUCCCUUUCCCCAGCCCCCCUCUCCUUCCCUCUUCCCCUCAUUAAAUCUGAGGUUCAUGCAGGCAGCCCCCUCCCCCUCUGGCCCCACACAAAGAGGCCCUGAGAGGGAGAACGGGCUCCAGCGGCUGCUGAAUGUCGGGACUCGCUUUCCUUUGUCCCUGACGGGUGUGUGUGUGUGUGUGUGUGUGUGUGUGUGUGUGUGUGUGAGAGAGAGAGAGAGAGAGGGGGGGGAGGAGGAGGCGUAGGGGAGAGCUGGGGGUCUAGAGAUUUGCUUCACAGCCAUUUUCUGAGAAUGAGAUCAUAGCACCGAGAGGCAAGAGAGCCUCUUGCUUCACUAGGCCUCCAUUUUUCGUGUGUGUGUGCGUGUGCAGGAGGAGGAAUCAAGCUGGUGCCUGAAAUCCCUCCCAGCCCAAAGAAUUCAAGGUUUGGGCCAAGUCUCUGCCAACAAGGGUUUGCUUCCUGGUGAGGGAGGCAGAGCUUCCACAGUGGACCUGAUUUCCAUCGGUUGCUCCUGCAUUGGAACUGGGCUGAAGGUGAACUGGGCUGAAGGCGUCCUGCCUCUGCGGCUCUGCCCCCUGCAUCCUGUGCAGCUGCUGCCCCGCCAGCCGCAACUCCACCGUGAGCCGCCUCAUCUUCACGUUCUUCCUCUUCCUGGGGGUGCUGGUGUCCAUCAUUAUGCUGAGCCCGGGCGUGGAGAGUCAGCUCUACAAGCUGCCCUGGGUGUGUGAGGAGGGGGCCGGGAUCCCCACCGUCCUGCAGGGCCACAUCGACUGUGGCUCCCUGCUUGGCUACCGCGCUGUCUACCGCAUGUGCUUCGCCACGGCGGCCUUCUUCUUCUUCUUCACGCUGCUCAUGCUCUGCGUGAACAGCAGCCGGGACCCCCGGGCUGCCAUCCAGAAUGGGUUUUGGUUCUUUAAGUUCCUGAUCCUGGUGGGCCUCACCGUGGGUGCCUUCUACAUCCCUGAUGGCUCCUUCACCAACAUCUGGUUCUACUUUGGCGUCGUGGGCUCCUUCCUCUUCAUCCUCAUCCAGCUGGUGCUGCUCAUCGACUUUGCGCACUCCUGGAACCAGCGGUGGCUGGGCAAGGCCGAGGAGUGCGAUUCCCGCGCCUGGUAUGCAGGCCUCUUCUUCUUCACUCUCCUCUUCUACUUGCUGUCGAUCGCGGCCGUGGCACUGAUGUUCAUCUACUACACUGAGCCCGGCGGCUGCCACGAGGGCAAGGUCUUCAUCAGCCUCAACCUCACCUUCUGUGUCUGCGUGUCCAUCGCUGCUGUCCUGCCCAAGGUGCAGGAUGCCCAGCCCAACUCGGGUCUGCUGCAGGCCUCCGUCAUCACCCUCUACACCAUGUUUGUCACCUGGUCAGCCCUAUCCAGUGUCCCUGAACAGAAAUGCAACCCCCACUUGCCAACCCAGCUGGGCAAUGAGACGGUCGUGGCAGGCCCCGAGGGCUAUGAGACCCAGUGGUGGGAUGCCCCGAGCAUUGUGGGCCUCAUCAUCUUCCUCCUGUGCACGCUCUUCAUCAGUGUGCGCUCCUCAGACCACCGGCAGGUGAACAGCCUGAUGCAGACCGAGGAGUGCCCACCUAUGCUAGACGCCACGCAGCAGCAGCAGCAGGUGGCGGCCUGUGAAGGCCGGGCCUUUGACAACGAGCAGGACGGCGUCACCUACAGCUACUCCUUCUUCCACUUCUGCCUGGUGCUGGCCUCACUGCACGUCAUGAUGACGCUCACCAACUGGUACAAGCCCGGCGAGACCCGGAAGAUGAUCAGCACGUGGACCGCUGUGUGGGUGAAGAUCUGUGCCAGCUGGGCAGGGCUGCUCCUCUACCUGUGGACCCUGGUAGCCCCACUCCUCCUGCGCAACCGCGACUUCAGCUGAGGCAGCCUCACAGCCUGCUACCUGGUGCCUCCUGCCACCUGGUGCCUCUCGGCUCAGUGACAGCCAACCUGCCCCCUCCCCACACCAAUCAGCCAGGCUGAGCACCCACCCCUGCCCCAGCUCCAGGACCUGCCCCUGAGCCGGGCCCCCUAGUCUUAGUGCCUUCAGGGUCCGAGGAGCAUCAGGCUCCUGCAGCGGCCCAUCUCCGCGCCACACCCACACGGUGGAGCUGCCUCUUCCUUCCCCUCCUCCCUGUUGCCCAUACUCAGCAUCUCCGAUGAAAGGGCUCCCUUGUCCUCAGGCUCCGCGGGAGCAGGGCUGCUGGAGAGAGCCGCUCUAGAGCGGGGAACUCCCACCACAGUGGGGCAUCCGGCACUGGGGCCCUGGUGUUCCUGGUCACCUCCCCCAGGGGCCCUGCCCCCUUCCUGGACUUCGUGCCUUACUGAGUCUCUAAGACUUUUUCUAAUAAACAAGCCAGUGCGUGUACCAUG